AAUCACUUUGAGCUGAUCUAAUUUCACAUAUGCAUGCAAUUCUCAUGCUUUUGUGGGUCUUUUUCCAGUGAUUUGUACUUGAUUCUUCGUGUGAAACUAGAAUGCAGACUCAAAUAUUUGAAAUUUUUUUAUGGGAUUUUGGAGUUUUGACUUUUGCUUUGUACUAACCGACACGUAAAGGGAAUUAAGAAAGAGAAUGGAUUGAGGGAUUUAGAAUUCUGGGUGGAUAGAAAUCAAAAAUUUAGUUCAGAUGUAGGUGAAAUUUGCGUUAAUAAACAUUCAGCUCUGUGGCUGCCCUAAGUAUCUGGGAAGUGGAAUUAAGGGUACAUUGUUGAUAAACUAGAGUAUAUGAUUGAGAAAGCAACUCGUAAAAGAAAUCGGCAGUUGGGAAAUUUUGAGCUUUUCUUUUUGAAGUGAGAAAACUACAUAUACAUGCCCAUUUGUGUAUAAAAGGGUGAAUUAUUUGAAUCUAGUUUAAGAAAAUUGAAGUAAAGACAGAGGGCAAGUUGUUUCAAGACUCAAGAGCCCUGCUUCGUUUAGGAAAUUUUUCGUCUGAAAAGUGAGUAGAUUCUUUAGAAAGGUUUAGCUAUUCGGAGUUUAAUUCGUUAAUUCUUGGUUUUGAUUUUACUUGGAAAAAGAUGGUGGGCAGUAUUGAGGUAACGAGCAGUGAAUCAUAUUUGAAUGGGGCUAUACAGAACCACAACGGUACGGAAGAGAAGCUCAAUGAAUUUCGUAGAUUACUAGGCAAGGCCGAUGGUGAUCUGUUGAAGAUUGUUGGUGUAGGAGCUGGUGCAUGGGGAAGUGUGUUUGCAGCUUUGCUUCAAGACAGCUAUGGUCAAUUUCGAGAUAAGGUUCAGAUUAGAAUAUGGAGAAGGCCAGGACGAGCUGUUGAUAGAGCCACAGCAGAACAUUUAUUUGAAGUGAUCAAUUCCCGGGAAGAUGUAUUGAGAAGGUUGAUCAGGCGCUGUGCAUAUCUGAAGUAUGUUGAGGCGCGAUUGGGUGAUCGUACACUUUAUGCGGAUGAGAUUUUGAAAGAUGGAUUCUGCCUGAACAUGAUUGAUACGCCACUAUCUCCUUUGAAGGUUGUGACUAAUUUGCAGGAGGCUGUUUGGGAUGCUGAUAUUGUAAUUAAUGGAUUGCCUUCAACUGAAACACGCGAAGUUUUUGAAGAGAUUAGCAAGUACUGGAAAGAGAGAAUCACCAUGCCGAUCAUCAUAUCAUUGGCGAAGGGCAUAGAGGCUGAACUCGACCCCAUUCCUCGUAUCAUUACUCCUACGCAGAUGAUUAAUCGGGCAACCAGAGUACCAAUGGAGAAUAUUCUUUAUCUUGGUGGACCAAAUAUUGCGUCAGAGAUCUAUAACAAGGAAUAUGCUAAUGCUCGAGUAUGUGGAGCCGGAAAAUGGAGAAUACAGCUCGCUAAGUUCUUAAGGCAACCUCAUUUCAUUGUUUGGGACAACAGUGACCUUGUCACUCAUGAAGUCAUGGGAGGACUGAAGAAUGUUUAUGCCAUUGGAGCUGGAAUGGUAGCAGCUCUGACAAAAGAAAGUGCUACAAGCAAAUCAGUAUAUUUUGCGCAUUGCACAUCCGAGAUGAUAUUCAUUACUCAUUUGUUGGCUGAAGAACCCGAGAAGCUUGCAGGACCUUUGCUUGCUGAUACGUAUGUAACCUUGUUAAAAGGUCGUAAUGCAUGGUAUGGUCAAAUGAUAGCCAAGGGAGAACUGAGCCUUGAUAUGGGAGAUAGCAUCAGCGGAAAAGGAACCAUUCAGGGAGUUUCUGCAGUUGGAGCAUUUUAUGAACUUCUAAGCCAGUCUAGUUUAAAUGUAUUGCACCCUGAGGCAAACAAGCCAGUUGCCCCGGUUGAGCUGUGUCCAAUCUUAAAGACUUUGUAUAAAAUUCUAAUUACCAGGGAACAAGGCACGCGAGGCAUUCUUCAAGCACUACGGGAUGAGAACCUGAAUGAUCCCCGUGAUCGAAUUGAGAUUGCACAGAGCCAUGCCUUCUACAGGCCUUCACUUCUUGGAGGCAGCCUUGACUGAUUUUCUAUUUAGUGGAUGAAAAAAUAAGGGAUGUAUAAGCAUGUGAAAAGUAAACUGUCAACUGAAAAUCUAUAAUUGUGCUUGAUUUGUACUGUUUGAUUCUCUACAGGAAACACUUGUUUUCUAUUAGGGGUUUCAAUAAUUCAAUGUUCUUUGUGUGAAGGUGGGUGGGUUGAAGUUUUUAAUCUUUUUUCACCAAAUAAAAUUUGCAUAUAGUUUCA